AUGGCUGAUACAUUAAAAGAUAUCCCUGAAUUUUUUGAAACAGAACUUGGAGAGUCUAUUGUCGCCAGAACGGAUGCUUUAGGUUCUUUCCGUGAGCUUGGACCGCCUGAUUUAUGUCAUAUCAUCAAAUUCAAUGCUAAGCCUGGUAUCAAAGAAAUUGGAAGCUUUCAUUAUAUCUCUGGCGUCGAUGCAUCGUCGUCAGCCUCAUUAGCAGCAUACUUGAAUUCGUUGACAUACUCUAUGGAUGAUACUCAAUCUUGGUUCACGAAAUCAAACUCUUGGCGUAUUCGAUCCGGUAUCUAUUGCUGUUUCAAUGCGUUCUCCCGAGUUGAUGUUAGGGUUGAGGUAAAGAUCCCAGGUGGUGUCGAAAGCUAUUAUGUGGAUGUUCGUGGGGAAAGACAUGAAGCUACUGCUGACAUUUGGCAAGAAACAUAUCUAUCAGCCGUGCUAAGGGCCAUUUUGUACUCGGAUGACAGCUAUUAUCGAUUAGCAGGAUACAGAAAAGUGGAUCCCAUCAUGAACCUGGCAGCAGAGAGUAGAUUUUUGGAGGCUGUAGAAGCACUCUUCUGGAAGGGGUGGCAAUUGGGUAGUAAGCCAGAAGUUCAGGUGGCAACAUCUGUGCACAAUCACCUUGCAGACGGCGUCAUGAAGUAUUUUAGUGACAGCUUCAGAUAUGCGCCUGCGAUAGAACUGUUCAAGAAGCUGCACAAACAAGAUCCUGAAGUGGGCUCCUUGCUAGCCAAGGCUUACAUUGGUCAGAACGAGGAAAUCAAAGCAGUGAAAAUUCUCUACCAAGACUUGAAACUCUCGUCAAUGAGCUUCCCGUUACUCCAUACGCAGGUUGACUUUUUGAGAAGCAAGGGUGAAUACGAUCUAGCUUUGAAGAUGGCCAAAUAUGCAGUUGACACUACGCCUUCUGAAUAUUUGACCUGGGCCAAGCUCACAGAAGUAUACAUCGAUCUCAAGGACUAUAAGAAUGCUUUACUGACACUAAACUCGUGCCCAAUGUUCACAUACAGUGAGCGGGAUAUGCACCGCAUGCCAUCACCUUUAAAGACGCAUUUGCCCGUCAAACCAGACAUUAUCAGUUCAGGAAUCAUGGAAGAAGAUGCAGCCGGCCGAGAAUCAGAGGCGGAUUCUUCUCUUUCACGACUUCCAGCACCUGCUUUGCAUGGCACAUUCGCAAAGGCGUACUCUCUGUUGACCAGAUUAGCAAAUGCCUUGACAUGGGACGAGUUAUUGAGAUGCAGAUCUGAAGUGUUUGUCAUGGAAGAGGAAUAUCGCAAACAUAAAGCAAAGGAGGAUCAUCGCAAAAGCACAGUAGUACGUUCGAGCGAUGAAAAGUUGAAUCAAAAGCUACAGGAUGCCACACUUGAUGAUACCAAGACAGAGUUGAGUAAGCCAGCUAAUGUAGAGAAACCAAAGCAGGCGGCAGAGGAGAGCGAAGCAGAGCAGCAAGCAGAGGUCAGCAUCUCAUUUGGCAACAAAAGACUGUGUGAACGAUGGUUGGACAACCUUUUCAUGGUCCUCUAUGAAGAUUUGCGAGUUUACACAUUUUGGAGAGCAGAGGAUGCUCAUUAUCGUGCUCAAAAAACCAUAUACAGAAAAACUGGCACGGAGUGGGAGCUUUUGGGUGAUCUUGCACUGCGCUUAUGGCAUGAGAAUGAAGCAAAAGAGGCAUUUGAAAUGUGUUUGGAUCACAAAUUCUCUGCCAAAGCGUGGAUGAAGCUGCUACAAAUUUAUGCCAAUGAAGGAAACACUCAAAAAGCUCUACUAGCGGCUGUGAAAUUGACAGUUUACCACGAGAGAUGGUAUCAUGAAAUAGUGUAUCCCACAGAAAUUUCGCGCAAUCUGAAUACUUUGAUUCGAAAAGCUGGACUCUCCAAGAUGCAGAACAUUUUGACAUCUAUGAAUCUGCCUAAACCUGUGCAAAAGCUGAUGACUCGAUACUUUGACUAUGGCGAACUGUUUAAAGUGGAAGGCUAUGAAUUGUAA